GGGCAGGGCAAUCUGGGAUACGUUGCCUUGAAGUUAGAACAUAGGUUAGAUAGCUACUGCAGCAGACAACUCCCCUCUCUCUCCUUCUGUCUCUCGCUUUAUCUAUCUAACAUAAGUUUUUCUCUGUUCCCUUCUUUCUCUCUCUGUCUUCCCUGUCUUCUCUCUCUCUCCUUCUCCCUCUCUCUCUCUCGGUGAGGAGGAUGUCUAAGCCCCAGAAUGGUGAGCCAGGCAGCCCAGCAGGAGUCCCAACAGCAGAUGAUCCAGAGGUGAUGUUCCAGGUGCCUGGUCCAACCGUCUCCUUCUCCAGACUACACUACUCUGUCAUGGAGAGCAAUGGACUCUGCCACAAGAGAGGACCUGAGAAACACAUCCUCAAAGACGUCAGCGGCAUCAUGAGACCAGGGAUGAACGCCAUCAUGGGGCCAACAGGAAGUGGAAAAACAUCUCUCCUGGAUGUGAUAGCAGGUCGUAAGGACCCAGCAGGGUUGAAGUUAGGUCAGGUUCUGGUCGAUGGGAAGAUGGUGGACUCUGACCUCCGGCUCAUGUCUGCCUACGUGGUUCAGGAUGAUAUAUUGAUGGGAACCCUGUCAGUGAGAGAGAACUUGUUGUUCAGUGUGAACCUGAGACUAGACCCCAGACAUUAUUCGACAGCUGACAAACAGCGGAGAGUAGACAGCAUCAUAGAAGACCUGGGACUACAGGACUGUGCCCACACCAAGAUAGGAACAGAGUUCCUGCGUGGUGUGUCUGGGGGAGAGAGGAAGAGGUGCAGCAUCGGUAUGGAGCUCAUUACUUCUCCUUCUCUCCUGUUCCUGGAUGAACCCACCACUGGUCUGGACUCUAACACUGCUAACCAUAUCAUCACCCUACUGCAAAGGCUGUCUAGAAGAGGUAAGACUAUCAUCUUCUCCAUCCAUCAGCCUCGUUACUCAAUCUUUAGCCGCUUUGACCACCUGACCCUGAUGCACCGUGGAGAGUUGGUGUACGCUGGAGCUGCCGAGAAGGCCCUGAGCUACUUCACUGACUUGGGGUAU